GAAAUUAAUAAUUUCUAAUCGGAGGAAUGAGUACUCCAACAAUUAUUACUUUGUAAAAAAAGGUGAACAACACCCUAAUCUUUUCUUACAAAAAUCUCUGAAAACGUAUUAUAGCUCAAGUCGGCCGAGGUUAAUUAAUUUUGGUUCCAUUUCAGUAUGUUUUCCCAUCAUGAAAUACUGAUGAUCUUUGCAUUAGUCCUGUACCUGACCAUCAGCUUACUAAAUUCUCCGGCAACCGGAGAGAAUCGCAUCCCAUUCGACAGCCACUACACCGUUGAUUAUGGCCAGGAUCAUGUCCAGUUCCUUGAUUCACAAAAAACCCUUGUCCAACUCUCACUGGAUAGUGAUUCUGGAGCGAGGUUCAGUUCCAAGGUCAAAUAUGAAUCGGGCUUAUUCGGGAUCCGGAUCAAGUUCCCGCCCGGCAAUUCGGCUGGAGUUGUUACGGCUUUCAACCUGCGUUCUGAAGACAAAGAAUUUGACGGGAUCAACUUGGAGAUUUUGGGCAGCAAUAUAGGCCAAAACUUUUCGAUUCAGACUAAUGUAUUCGUCAACGGGGUUGGAAAUAAACAACAUGAAAUAGCUCUACCUUUCGAUGCGUCGGAGGAAUUUCAUGAAUACAACAUUCUCUGGAACUCACAUCUGAUAUUGACGUAUGUUGACGACAUUGCGUUCCGAAUAUUCAAGAACAACAGUGCAAUCGGAGUCGGAUAUCCAUCAAAGCCGAUGAAGAUAUUCGCCAGCGUAUCCAACGGCAGCGAUGAUCUGAUCAGAACUGACAGCGGCCGGAGUCGGACCAAGAUCGAUUGGCGGGACGCGCCAUUCGCCGCGCAAUUCAAGAGCUUGGAUUAUGACGUGGAUCAGGCAUGUAUUAGUAAUUCAACAACAACAACAAAACACAAGGAAGGAAGAGGAGACUGCGGAUCCACGAGAAAAACUGGGUGGGACACAAUCCGGGACUUGCCAAUUGGCUUAAUUGAUUGGUACGAAGCAAUGAGGCACCUCAUUACUUAUGAUUAUUGCAAUGAUACCAAAAUACACCCACUUCCUCCUCCCGAGUGCAAAAGCAAUAUUAAAUAUCUGUAAUCAACUUUCCAUCAACCAUGCAUGGUUAAUUAUUAAUCAAUCCCAUGAACCAUAAAUGAUUAAAUUAUUAUUAUGCUCAAAACCCAUGUACGUACACUUUGGUUCUUGAUGAAAGGAUAAUGCCAUUUUAAUUCUAC